AUCGUGUAACAUGUAAAGGGUAGCUUGUGAACGUGUCGCCAUGUCGAUACUGAAAUUAAAUUAAAUCGAUCAUUUAAAAUCAGCUAUAACAGUGUAAACAUCGAUUCGGUAAAUUAUUCACUUACCACCAGCCGACAGGCCAUUUACAAUGUUACAAUCUUCCAUUGUUUCGAUGCCAUCAAGUUCAUUUUCGGUUGGAGUUGCAGUUGCAUUGGAAAUUGUACGAAUGAAACAACGUUUAUCAAACUCUUUUUGUGUAUUGUAAGUGUAGGCCGAUUGGAAUGGAAACAGGUAUGUUUGUUCAGCCUUUUCCAGCCAUGGCAUCAACAGUUCGGUCAUUUGUGCAAUUUGAUCCAAAUCAUUUUCUUCAGACACACAAACAUAAUCACCGGUCGAUAGUUUGUAGACGGAUGUUUUGCAGCCAUCAAUUUGACACAAUGGGCUUGUUUUCUUUAAAAUUGUUGUUUGCACAAAAUCGAAAAUUUGCCGACCUUCAAUAAUGAAUAGAUUUUUGAACUUUUCUACGCCCGACGAUUCUCCUUCGUCCAUCCAUUUCCAUGACAGUGCUGUUGGUUCAAUUUGACUAUUUCUAGAAAACGAAAAAAAAAUGGUAUUUAUACUAGCAGUUUUCGCGACAAUACUGAAACUUACUCUUCGUCAAAUUCGUCGUAAUUUCCCCAAAAUGCACGUGUAUCAGGUUCAAUUAAUUCACCAAAUUCCAUUAUUUUGCCGGGUUUUAUGUACCGAAAGCUACGACGCAAAAAUCCAAAUUGUUUGAAUGAUUUGACAACAAUAUCGAUUCUAACCUCAAAGUGAUUUAAUUCACAAUGAUAUUGUGUUUAUUGCCGAACACACAAUGACAUUUUUAGUACAAAUCUAUCCAGAGUGUCAAAUGUGUCAAAUGUUAUUUUAUCGUUGUUUUUUGUUUUUGAUCUGUCAAAACAAAUUUUAUCAGAAAAAAAUCAAUUGAAUUGACGGCAAGAGGUUCCAUUUUAAACUCUAAGAAAAAAAUCAUGUAUUUAAUAAACACCGAACAACGCGAGCACUUGAAAUUGCUGCGAGAAAAUAGUCCAGAAGUUGCCAUUGAGAUAUGCAAAGUUACUUUGGAUUACAUGAACAAUGGUUCCAAUACAAAUAAAUUCCAGGCCAUCGCAACUAAACUAAAUACAACAACAGCUGCCCUUCAAGAUGCCAUAAAUGCGCUGAUUAUGCUUCAAUUGAAUUCAAUAAAAACAAAUGUGACCGAAGACGAAUUUUCGCAAAUUGAACAGACAGGAUUUACAAAAGAGCACAUUUCAAUACUAUGGCAAUUUGUUACCAGCAAAAAGGAAUACGUUCGAAAUGUAUUGGAUCAAAUAAGUUUGGUUGAAUAUCGAUUUCGUGAUUUAGAAUGGCGCUUAGAAGGCAGAGUAGCGUCACGCAGUCUAAUUCAACAAUCUAUUCCAUUUAUAACGAUCAAAUUCCAUUUGGAUUCGGAAAAAGUCGACGAAAAUAAAAGUCCAUUGGGUUUAAUUGAACAACCGAUAGUCACCAAGUCUAAUAGUGAUGAUUCGCAACAACAACAACCGCAUAGUCGCAAAAAAGAAGUCGUUUUUCAAACCGAUCCGAAUAAUUUGAUUUACAUCAUUAAUGUGUUAGAGAAAACACUGCAAGAAGCUCGAACGCAUCGCGUACGAAAUGUGGUUAAAAACCUAUAAGCUUAUAUUAAUUAAUAAAAUCAUAUCCCAGCAUAUACGCCCAUAAAAAUACAAAUUUUUAUUUAUU